UUGAUCAUGGGUGACAACACAUAUUACAAAUUUGCUAAAAGAGGGUCAAAAAACAAGAUUUACCUGUUUCUUUUAGCUUUGUAAAGAACAUUGGAUAAUGCUGCUUCCUGGUCCAGGCCAUUGUUAGGUGCUAUCGUGAACCAGCUCUGAAAAUCUCAGUUGCAGGCAGUGGAGUGAAUGACACUAAACUUCUCAACCUACAGGCAGAUGUUUCAAAAGGGAAUGGCAGCAAAAUCUUUUACCUCGACACUUGAUGAGUCCUUGAAGAACCAUCUGGCUAUGGUUGAUGACUUGAAUGUGAAGAAGCCAUUAGUUAUGGUUCCUGCUUUCCUCUUUGGUCAAGCAUUGUGGUUAAUUUCUGCCCAAUCAGCAAAUGCAAGUGAAAUUACUAAUGGAGAUGCCGUCUAUGAGAUCGGGGAGUUGUUUGAGUUAGGAAUCCAGCUAUCUUAUCUGCUUUUACUAGGUUUCCUUGGGGUCGGAACCUUCUUUGUAAUCCGUCAAGACUGUAGUAGAGAACUUGACCUUUCGCUAAGAAUUGCAGUACCAUAA